UGCCCAUCUACGGAGGACGGAAGAUUUGCUUUACCACCAAAUACAACGGCCCUCGCCCAUUUGAUGCUGUCUAUCAUACCUUCACCUUCGGCUUGACAAUUCAGUUCCAGAUUGUCAUCUGUCAUAGGAAUUCUGGCCAUGAAGAACUUUACAUCGUUUGUCCCUUGACCUUGCUGUCCCGACAAUUUCAAUUUCCUUCAACGACCAGAGUGCUCGUUUGCUUGCAACUAUAUCCCGUACCAACAGAGCAGAAUUCUCUGGCCAACCUCACCAUUACCAGAAAAGAAGCAGCUGGAGCUAUCAAUUAUAUCCCGUCACACCUGCCCAUCACCUCUGGAAAAUGACAAACCCGCAAGCUCUGUAUCACGCUCUUUUGCGCCCCUGUGUACUCCACGUCCUCCGCGCAGCUGGAUUCCACUCGACGAAACCGUCAGUUCUGGAUGCCUUUACAGAUAUUGUAGCGAGAUUUAUGGUCACCAUCGCCGAGUCUGCUUUAUCUCAUGCUGAUGUCAACAAUGCCGAUGAACCCAACCUCGCAUUCAGUAUUACGGUACGAGAUGUUCGAAUGGCCAUGGAAUCAUGCGGUGUGCUGUAUCCAGAGAUACCGUCAGGAGAGCAGGAAUUUAUGGGCCAAGAAGAUACUCGGGGCGUAGGCGAUUUCAUCAGUUGGGCUCAAGGCCCAAGCAAUCGCGACAUUAGGAGGAUUGCGCUGGAAGGAGGCGAUGGGGCAAAGGAUGACUAUUUGACGGGUGAGUUUAGUUAUGGUGGACGUAUCCAGCGCGUAGUUUUCGAAUACUAAAAACAUGCAGUUUUGAAGAAGAAACACAGUACAACCGACGAAGAUACAAGAUACAAUGGCACAUUCCUCGGGAAAUCUGCAGAGCCUCGAGCAAUCAAAAUAGAAGGUGGAGAAUUCGAGAGUAUAUCAGAAUUUACAGAGAAGCUACGGAGCGAGAACGUUGUCAAAUCCAUUGUAUCAUCGCGACGGCAAUCUUCCGUUCUCAGCUCUCUAGGGGACGAAAUCAUGGAGGAUAUGGAUUUCUAAUGGUCCGGAUCUGGUCUCAUUAUUGCAUUGCGAAGGCGUUCGAUUGGGAUUUGCUUCAAAUGCGAAGCUUUGGGCAUUUAUGGUAUGUAUGGUAGAUGGAAUUGAAAGAC